AUGGAGGAUGCUAAUAGUAAUAGUGAUGCAAUUGGUACUUCUUCGACUCCUGCAGGUAGCCCUGCCCCUGUUCUUAUGGAUGAGGAUAAUUCCGGAACACCUUCCUCCAUAAAUACUCAAAACCCCUCACAAUCCAAAAAACGACAUGUUAAUCAAUCUCUUGCAUGGGAGCACUUUAAAAAGGUGGAACCAAUUGAUAAGGAGAACCCUAAAGCUUGUUGCAAUUAUUGCAAGAGAUUGAUAGGGUGUCACCAUAAAAGACAAGACACUUCAGCUAUGAUGACCCACCUUACCUAUAACUGUCCAAACUCCCCACUUAGAAAACCAAAAAUUGCCAAAGAUCAAACUUUGUUGCAGAUGUCAGUUAAGAAGGCGGUAGAAGGCACCCAACUAGGAUAUGUAAAGUAUGAUCCGGACCGUGUAAGGCGUUUGCUUGUUCAGUAUCUCAUCUUAUGUGAGUUGCCUUUUAGUCAUGUAGAGAGUGAAGGGUUUAGAUUAUUUGUGAAUGGAUUGGAACCUAGGUUCAAUUUGCCUAGUCGUGUUACUAUACAAAGAGAUUGUUUGAAAUUAUAUGAGGAAGAGAAGGUUCAUUUGAAGGCGUUGAUGAGCGGUCAAAGGAUUUGUCUCACUACUGAUACAUGGACAUUCAUACAAAACUUGAAUUACAUGUGUGUUACCGCUCAUUUUAUAGAUUAUAAUUGGGUAUUGCAUAAGAAAAUCGUGAAGUUUUGCCUAGUUCCCAAUCAUAAGGGUAUUGAUUAUGUGAGAAGGAGGAUAAAGGAAAAAAAUUCAACUGUUUUGGGGGGUGAGUUUCUUCACAUGCGGUGUGCUGCUCAUAUUUUGAAUCUUGUAGUAAAUGAUGGUUUGAAAGAGUUAGAGGACUCUAUUUGUAAUGUUAGAAAUGCAGUGAGAUUUGUAAGGUCUUCACCGGCGAGGAUGGCAAAGUUUAAAAGAUGUAUAGAACAACUAGAUAUUCAAAGUAAGAAAGUGGUGUGUCUAGAUGUUCCUACUAGAUGGAAUUCAACAUACUUAAUGCUAAGCAUUGCUGAAAAGUACCAAAGAGCAUUUGAAGUAUUGGGGGAGGAGGAUAGUCAGUUAGUUGUUCCUACAUAUAUUGAUUGGGAAAAUGCUAGGGCAUUUGUGAAGUAUUUGAAAACUUUUUAUGAUGCCACAAUGAUAAUUUUUGGUUCAAAUUAUGUCAUUGCCAGUUUAUUUUUCAUGCAGUUUUGUAUUAUUCAAGAUGCCUUGAAUGAUGGGUGUCUUAGUUUUGAUCACAUCAUGAGUACCAUGGCUGUCAGUAUGAGAAGUACUGGGGGAGGGAUUGCGGUGUCUCAAUUUAAUGCGACUUCAAGAAGUGCAAAUAAUACUAACUUGAAUGUUGAUGAUGAUGAUGAUACAGAAAGUGCAGCGGAUAAAAUUCAUAAUCUCAUCUCCCAACACCUUGAGGAAGAGAAUGAUUUUGAAUGUAAGUCGGAGGUGGAUAGGUAUUUGUUGGAUGGGUGUGAAGCAACAAUAAAGGACUUUGAUGUUUUAGGUUGGUGGAAGAUUAAUGCACCUAAAUAUCCUAUCAUUGCAGCAAUAGCCCGUGAUGUAUUAGCUAUGCCAAUUUCCACUGUUGCCUCUGAGUCCGCCUUUAGCACUGGGGGGCGUGUAUUGGAUCCCUUUAGGAGUUCAUUGUCUCCACUUACCGUUGAAGCGUUGGGAGUUCACCCUUGUGAUAAGAGGAGGGAGGAGGAAUAUAUUGUGGACGUAGGUGACCAUCAGUGA